GGACGCUGCAAAAUGUUGAGUAGAAUACUUUUUGUUGUGUUCGUUACGACGACGUUCUGUGAAGCUGCAUCACUCAUUUACGCAUCUCCGACUGCAGUGUCGCAUCAGUCGAGAGUGGACAUCAAGCAUACUCCUGGUUUCCUAUCCGCACCACUGAUCUACAGCCCUACGAUAUUAGCCGGGGCCAAUGAAGUAACAAAUGGUGCAGUCAUCACUCCAGUACUAGCAGUGGAUACAGUUCUAACUCCUGUAGCACUGAGUUUCUUCAAUAACCUGCCGCUAGCGAGAGCUCUGAAAACCCCAAUAUCGAUAGAAAAGUUACAAGAAGAAGGGGAGAAGGAUGAAAUGAAAACCAGUGGGAGUAAAUUCGAAUCUGACAAUGAAACUCCGAACAAACAUGUAACAUUCGUAGUUAAAAGUGACGAAAAUAUAUUGUCAUCAGAUGGAGGUAUCGGUGUUAUAGAAAACAAUGAAAAGGCUAGCAGUACCAGUGAACCUCGGGAAGCUGUGACUGUAUAGAAUAAUGUUUAUGUUCAAAAUAUAUAUUUUAAUUAGAUAAUUAGGUACAUCGUAGUAGGGGAGGCCAAGCGGGGGCCUCUUUGGGAUUUACUCGAGCGCUGCAGAAUAACCUAAAAGGUAAAACCUUGUGAAGUACUAGUACCAUACCUGAGCCCUUAAUAUAGGGUCGAACAUCUUAGUCCGCAAAAAAAAAUCAACCGUCCGCCAUGACUUUUCUGUCAAAAUGGUCAGCCUUUUGAAUAAGCGCGACUGGAGGAUUCACGUAUCGUUUCUGAUGACGUAAGGGGUCAAAUUAGAAAAAAAAUGGAGCGCGUCAGACAUUGAGAAGGAAUGUGUGAUGUGAAGUGACGUGAUGUGUUUAUGCCAUAAGUCAUUCUGCCACGUUCGAGUAAAUCCCAAUAUCCCCGAUUGGGCUACCCUACUAUAGUGAUAAUUGAACCCCACCUCAAGUUUCUCAUUAGUUUUAUUUAGUGCAUAAUUAGGAUUAAUUGUUAUAACUACUGUAAAUUAAAAGAAGUAUAAAUUAAAUUUAAGAGAAUUUAUGUUUUCUUGUUUAUUGAACAAUGAUAGUAUAUUUAUUGUAUCUCACAUUUCCGCGCAUCAACCGUUUAAUAAAAUAAUCAUAAGCUUUUUCCUUAGAGUCCAAUGCUGUGUUGGUGCGGUCUUUAUAACUGGGACGAUUUAUAUGAAUUUAUAAAACUAAAAUUUUCGUAAAGUUUUUUUUUUUUUAAAUAUUAUCGUAGCCCUCCUUAUUUAUAAUCCUUGCGUAUGGUACUCGUCUUUUGCAAAGAAUAUUUAUCACAAAACCCAUUAUCAAUUCAACGAUAUGAAUAUGCUCCUUCUAAUUAUUAUAAUUUAAUAUUCUCUAAUAUCAUUAUUAACCGACAUAACAAAAAUGUUUAAACGAUGGUUUGUUUUUUUCCUAAUCCCGACCAGUUUUGAUAAUGUAAAGAUUUUUUACAUAUUUUUUUUUAAGAAAACUAAUCAGCCUCGUCUCAAAGUAAGCACUAUUAUGCUUGUAAGUGUAAUAAAUGAAAUGUGUGUGGAAUAUGCUCAUACUAUCCA